GCCCCAGCUGACUGACCAAGGCUGCCUCCCCGCCCGCCUCUGCUCCUGUCUCCUCCGCGCUCGCAGGUCCUGCUAGUGGCUUCCUGAGUCCCGUGGACGCUUCAAAGGGUGGGCAAGUCCUCAGCUUGAAGUGAAAGUGGGAUAUCAUGGCAUCAGUGUGGACUGGAAACCGAGGGACGGUUCGAGAUUACCCAGGCUUUAACCCAUCGGCAGAUGCUGACGCUAUCCGGAAGGCUAUCCGUGGAAUUGGAACCGAUGAGAAAACUCUUAUCCACAUUCUGACAGCAAGAUCUCACGCACAGAGGCAGUUGAUUGCUAAGGAAUAUCGUGCAGCAUCUGGAAAGGAUCUGAAAGAUGACUUGAAGAGUGAUCUCUCGGGCAACUUUGAAUAUCUGAUGGUGGCCCUUGUUACCCCACCAGCCAUAUUUGAUGCGAAGCAGUUAAAGAAAGCCAUGAAGGGCUCUGGAACUAAUGAGAGUGCAUUGAUUGAAAUUCUAACUACCAGAAGCAGUCAACAACUGAAGGAGAUCUCCCAGGCCUAUUAUACAGCAUAUAAGAAGAGUCUCGGUGAUGACAUUAGUUCGGAGACAUCUGGAGACUUCAGGAAAGCACUGUUAACUUUGAAAGAUGGCAGAAGAGAUGAAGGUCUGAAAGUGGAUGAAAAUCUUGCCAAAAAGGAUGCCCAGAUUCUUUAUGAAGCUGGUGAAAAGAGGUGGGGCACCGAUGAAGACAAAUUCACCGAGAUUCUGUGUUUACGGAGCUUUCCUCAACUGAGACUAACGUUUGGAGAAUACAGAAACAUUAGCCAAAAGGACAUUGAGGACAGCAUUAAGGGAGAGUUGUCAGGUCAUUUUGAAGACUUGCUGUUGGCUAUAGUUAAUUGUGUGAAGAACACGCCUGCCUUUUUAGCUGAAAAUCUACAUAAGGCUUUGAAGGGUGCUGGCACUGAUGAAUUGACUCUCAUCCGAAUAAUGGUUUCCAGAUCAGAAAUUGACCUUUUGGACAUCCGAGCAGAGUACAAGAAGCGUUAUGGGUGCUCCCUCUAUUCCGCCAUUCAGUCAGAUACUUCUGGGGACUAUGGGACUGCCCUCCUGAAGAUUUGUGGUGAAGAUGACUGAGGAAAGUUAAUCUCCAAGUGCCUCUCAACUUCAUCUACUGAACUAUGAACAUAUAACUGCUUUCUUGGAGCCAGCAAAUACACAAGCCAAUGGAAAUAACAGCAUGUUUUCUUAAUUUUAAUUUUCAUUGUUUCAUAAUAAAUAAAACCUCACUUGUGUGCACCUCACAUGUCAUGUAACUGUGUCUUUAAAAUGCAUUUUAAAAUAAGAGUUGGAUCAAAUCAUUCCAAAAUGGGCAUCUGCCUGGGAAGUAGGAAUCAAAUACAGUAUUUGGAAAAGCAUUUAGAAAAAUUCAAGGCAAUAAAAGCUUCCUUCUCACUAAA